ACGCAUAAUAAUUAUUAGAGUAUGGAAGAAGAGAGUAGUGAUACAUUUAGAAAAGAAUCUCCUUUCAAUCCAAUUUGUAAAUGUUUUCUGGAACCUGCAAUUUCUGACGAAGAAGUAAAAAUUUCAUUUCGUAAAGAACAGGUUCUAAACACGGUAGUAAGAACCGAAACAUAUCUCCGAGAGCGUCGAAUUCCAGAACUUAUUCGUUUUCUUCUUACCAAGUUAAUAUCUCAGGCCCCACCAAAACCAAUUGCUUUUCUUGAAAAGUUGAUUGAUGAUUGCAUGCUCUUUCGGGCAGGACAUGGAACGGCGCCAGUUCUGUUUGAAUCGAGGCACUUAGACGCGGUAAUUAAAAGCUUUGAUCCAUGCCAACGAGGAUGGUUAAGCGCAGGUCAAGUUCGCAGGCUUUAUACUACUUUAGGAUUAGUACCUGAAGAAUUUGUAGAGGAAAGGGUGCCCGUUGACUUAGUUUUCAAAAGCGUAAAAUGUUGUCAAGAGAAAGAGUUAUAUAAUUUACUUGCUGCUGGAACAAUCUCGGACAACUACAGCGAUUAUUUGAAAUCUGAUAAUGUCUCUCUCUAUCAAUAA